AGCGGAAGUGAGAAAUGGAGGACCCGGAAAUAUUCGGAAAUGCGAGCGACAUCGUGAUGAGAAGCAGAAACGUCGACCCGGAAUUGAUCGACAGAUACAUACAUAACACAGCUAUAGAUCAACCUGCAUAUGGAAUCCUCAUCUCCAUCUACGUAGUACUCAUCGUUCUUGGAGCAUUAGGAAAUACUUUAGUGAUCCUCUCCGUAGUGAGAAAACCUGCGAUGAGAACUGCAAGAAACAUGUUCAUCGUGAACUUAGCCAUCUCCGAUCUUCUCCUCUGCACAGUGACGAUGCCUCUGACCUUGAUGGAAAUCCUCACCAAGUAUUUCCCCCUGGGAAACAACGCUUUCGUCUGCAAAAUGAUCGGCACUUUGCAGGCCAUCAGCAUCUUCGUCUCGACUAUCUCGAUCACAGCAAUAGCCUUGGACAGAUACCAGGUCAUAGUUUACCCAACGCGCGAAAGCCUUCAGCUCUUCGGAGCAAUCCUCAUACUUGUGCUGAUUUGGGUCAUAGCUACAAUCUUAGCUUCACCACUCUUCAUCUACAAGCAACUUGCGCACUACGAGAUCACCAUCAACGACACCGAUCUUCACGUCAACUACUGCUACGAAGAAUGGCCACCAUUCCUCGACCGCUACGUCUACUCCGUCUUCUCUUUGGUCGUCCAAUACAUCAUACCAAUACUCACAGUUUCUGCGGCAUACUUCAGGAUCCUGUACAAGCUGAAGUAUCGUUUCGCUGCUGGCUUCGUGGACGACGCUCAGAACUCUCGUCGACAACUCCGCGGAAGACGUCUUCAACGCACCAACUUCCUCCUCGUCUCCAUCGCCGUCAUCUUCCUCUUAUCAUGGUUACCUCUGAAUCUGUACAAUUUGAUAGCCGACAUCUGCAAGACGUACAACUUCAACACAGAAACGAUGAAGAUCGUGUACGCCGUCUGCCACAUGAUGGGAAUGUCUUCUGCUUGCUGGAAUCCGUUCCUCUAUGGUUGGUUGAACGAAAAUUUUUGGAAGGAAUUCCAGGACAUCCUCUGCCUAUCCUCGACGAAGGAGGACAAGGCGCAGAUGAAGACGCCCGCGAGGAAACCGUCGAGCUUGAAGAGCCAGUACCCUCUGCAGCAGCUGAAGCCGGAUCUGAUCACGGAUUUCAAUCAGGCGACGACGGCCGACACUGAGAUGACGCAGCUGUCCAAAUAGCUUCUGAGCAAGUCCACUAAGCCGGCUAGUGGACGGGCUGCUCUAGUUUAGUGAUGGAGGGACGACGAUGACGGUGAUUAAGAUGUUGACGAUGAAGAAGAUGAAUGCGUAUUGUAGCUGGCAAAUGGAUGUUUAUAAUGAUGAUGAUGAUACACUUUAAAGUGCGGCCUUUCGACAGGAUGAUCGAUUUCUGCAUCUUCGGAAACGCCUGCACUCCCAUCGGAUUAGUUUUGAGGGUUGGAAGUGGGCGGUGUCGAGGAAUCGGUGACGGUAGUUUUUAAAGGAUCGAAACGGAGGAUAAAAGUAACGGGACAAAGUUUAAAUGCAUGCAAUUUCGGUUUGUAAUACAAGUAAUACAUUUACUACAAACUACACUCAGCGUUCAGUUAACGUACAUAAUGCUUACAUAAAUUCCCGUACUCUAAACGUAUACAUAACGAGUUUUACAACUUAAAUAAAAUACAAAAAAACUUACAUAAUUUACGUACCGGAUGAGUAAACAAUUACAUAAUUGAUUUAGUACAUAUUUACGUUUCCGUUCGCACAUACGUACACUCGUUCGCACAUACGUACACUUUCCUAUUAUACGCAGAAUUUUAUCAUGUACGUAUACAAAAAAAUGUAUUUUAAAAAGCAAACAUCACACUCGAUACUUACCAAAUACUUUAUUACAAUACAUCAAAAGAAAUUGUUACUUUCACAAGUUACUUGGUAAGUAUUUUGCAGUUUCCCUAGCCAAUUCAUAAUUUCGACAUUGAUGUAUUCAGAAACAACGUUCUAAAUAUCAUAAAUCAAUUAAUUUCAAACGAACAAAAGCCCUGAAAUCAACGAAAUCGAUUACAUACUGAAAAUUUAUUAAA